UGCUGGUGGUUCAGUGUAGCGACGACUGAGAGUGUAUCACCCAGACGGUGCUCACUGUCACAUAGGCAAAGACUGUGAUCCAACAAGUCUAGUGUGACCUUGUGAUAUAUCAACCCUCCUACCCUUGUAAAAAACUUACCCCCUCCCUCAUACAGAGUGUAUAUCAGUUUAAUUACACAACUUGUAUAAGUGAGUUUAUUCAGGUACAGGUUUCAGAAAUGAACUGGAGAGACAGGAUAUCUAUAUUAUCAAGGAAACGAAAGCAUGGAAGGGCUGGGCCUCCAUUAAAUGGACAAAAUGACCUACCAUCAGGUUCAGGGAUCAUAUCUAAUCACAGCCUUGCUUCCAACAGUGCCCCAGUGGAGAGUGUAGAAAACACCCUCUCACAGUUGCGUCCUGUUAUAGGUCCAGACCACAAAAGUUACUAUAUUUUAUUACGUGGGGAUGAAGAUUCAUUUACAUGCAUCCAGCCUGCUAGGGAUGUUGUAAACAGUUUAGAUGAAGUGUUAAAGAAUGUCAUUAGUACAUUGAAGUUGGUAAAACCACCUUUACAAGCAACAGAAUUACCUCCAAAUGCCAAAAAGCCAAGGUAUAGUCAAGGAAAAACAUACACAACAACUGUGGUUCAUAGACAUGUUGAUAGCGUUCGAAAAAAUGGAAUUCAUAAUACUGGUUCAACAUUGCUAAACGAAGACAAAAUAGAAUCUAGUGUUAAUGUAGGAAACUUGCUUCUUGAUAAGGCAUGUAAUACUUCUUCCAGUACAAACAGUAUUGUAGAAAAUGUAAUACUUAACAGAACAGUACAAAACCUUGGUAGUGACCAACAUAAUCAGAUGGUAAGAACUAGUACAUUAAUGUAUCCCUUAGUGCAGAGUAGGUUGAAGUCAAAUGGUACAGUGAAUGUUAAUACAAAACAGGACUCAUGUUUAUUCAUAUCAAGUGACUCUGAAAGUGAAAAUGUUUCAAACUCUCUAAUUACACCUGUUUCUGAAAAUGAUUUAAUACAAAACACAACCAGUAGUGCUUCAUCUUUAAGAAAGAAAGACUGUAAAGGUAGACAGACUCAUGUCUUAAAUGCUGGAGAGAAUAAUGUGACUCCAGCUCCCAUGACUGAAUUUAUAAGACCUGCAGGCUCAAGCACUAGAGGCCUGGAAUGUACAAUCGCAACCAUAGAACAUAACUCGCCAAUGACAGAAUUGUCUCUCAUAGCCAAGGAGGGAACGGUACUGACUGAGGAAGAGAUUACAUCACAGAUCAAAACCUUAAUAGAGUCUGAACAGUUGGUUGUUGGUGAAGACAACCAGAUUGUUGUAAUAAGAGUUUCAGCCCGUGAAGCCAUGGUGAAAAUUGUGUUGAACGAGUCUGAGGUUGAUGUACUAGUCCGCCGCCACCAAGAAACUGGGGCUGUCACAAAAUCCACAAGGAGUAAACAAAGUGCAAUAAAGAAGGAAGUUAAAGUAGAGGUUGACGAUCCCUUAUCGUUGCCUAUAGCAGUGGUAGAUGGAGAGUGCUACAAUCCUGAAGCCAUGGUUAACCAAGAAUACCUUUUGUCACAGUGCUCUCAGACUCAGCAGAGUGCAAUAAAGGAGGAAAUUAAAAUAGAGGUUGACGAUACCUUAUCGUUGCCUAUAUCAGCAGUGGCAGAUGGAGAUUGCUACAAUCCUGAAGCCAUGGUUAACCAAGAGUACCUUUUGUCACAGUGUUCUCAAACUCAACAGGAUUUUUAUGAUGGUAAAGAAAUUAUGGAUCCCAGACUAGAGAAGACAGUGGAUCCUGACUGUGUUGUAGAUUCUCUUGUAAAUCCUCUUGUCAGUUCUUUGCCUAGUGAACAACAACAGGCAGAGGUGCUAGAGAGACUGGAGGAUGACAGUGGAAUGGAAACUCUUAGUGAUGCUUUAAUUAAUGCAACAGAAGGAGGAGAAAUUGUGGUGUUUCAGAGGGAAGAUGGAGCAUUUGUAAAUCAGGAUGGGACACCAGUAUCUAGUGAAAUUCAGUAUUUGAUUACCAGUUUGCAACAAGACUUUACUCCAUCGUUAGAUGCUGAGGACCAGGCUCAUAAUAUCCUUCUGCCUCCUGACAACUUUGAACAUAAUACGAUAGAUGUUAAUUCAGCAUUAUGAUUGUAUGUAUUGUUUUGACAAGUGCACUCACGGAAAUGAAGCAAAAAGAGAAUGUGGAAAACAAAAGAAAUGAAGGAAUACUGGUAUAGCAAGUUAAGAGAAUAAAUAAACUUCAAAGAAGGAAGAAUAAUAAGUAUUUUUGCACUUAGUAAACAUUAAUAAAAAUACAUGGUGAUAAAGAAUU